AUGAAGCAGUGCGACCGGAGGAGGCUUGCUGAGGUGGGCAACCGAAAGUGCCUCCAGCAAGAGGUGACGAUUAUGAAGCGUCUUACUGGCCACGCCAACAUCAUCCAGCUCUUUGAGGUCGUGGAAACGCCCUCGCAGAUAGUGCUCGUCAUGGAGUUUGCCAAUGGCGGCGACCUCCUGCGCUACGUGAGGACGCAACGCCGCCUCCAGGAGCCUUGCGCGAAGGACCUCUUCAAGCAGCUCAUGGACGGCCUGGCGCACGUGCACGACAUGCGUGUCGUUCACAGG